CGUUUUAAUCAUAUUUGUCAGCAACACUGUCAGCAGAGAUCAAACUAUAAAAACCCAAAUUCAUAGUUUGACUUUGCCUUGCCUAAUCCAAAUGACAGACGGCGAGGGAGGGAGGAAGAGAGAGAGAGAGAGAACACACACGUGCAUACACAGAGCUUAGGCAAGUGUGUUUCUGUGUUUUCUUCCCUCUGUCAAAGGUGAAUCUUGAGGAUGCAAGGCCCAAUGUCAAAUAGUGCAGUUCUUAUACCUGAAUUCUUGAGAUGUUCCCAUAAUGGAGUUAGAAAUCAUUACAAAUCUUACAAAAUUUCUGCAUAUUGGACAAUGAAAAUGGAUUCUAGAUCUUCUCAGACAGGAAGAAAGAAGGAAGAACUCCCAAUAGAGAUGCCAAAACUAUUGAUCCCCCAAUUUGAAACUCCAAGGCCAUCCACUAAUCUCCAGUUCGACAGACUCCAACCAUCAGACCAAGAGUUGAUUCCAGAAAAAGGAAUGGAGUUUGGACAAUUUGUAGCCCGAGAGGCGGUGCUUGAUGAAGAAUACUGGACAGCUGCAUGGCUGCGAGCAGAAAGCCACUGGGAGAAUCGACCAAAUGAAAAGUAUGCAUAUAACUACAAGAAGAAAUUUGCUGAGCAGGAGUUCAAUGUGUUAAAAAGGCAAAGCAAAAGGCAACAUGGGCAGAAAUGCAGCUGCAUUGUAAUGGUGAAAGGGAGCAAAAGGAAUGUAAAGCUCACUGUCCUGAAGAGCAUUGUUGGAACACUGGAUCUGAGCAUCCGAUACUUGUUGAAUGGAGAGACAUUUCCUGGGGAACGGGUGAAGGCCCCUCUCUUCUGCAGCAUCAGCAAAACAGACCAAAAAAGGUAUGGUUAUGUUGCAAACUUAUGUGUUGCUAAAUCAGCACGACGACAAGGUAUUGCAAGCAACAUGUUGCAUUUUGCUAUUCAGAUGGCCAAAUCAAAUGAUUUGGAAAAUGUUUUUGUGCAUGUGCAUAGAAGCAAUAGACCUGCACAGAAACUGUAUGAGAAGAUGGGCUUUAAGAUGGUCAACAUGGAAAGCCCUCAAUUGUUAGAAGAGCAUACUUAACAAAAAAAUUUGGGUAGUUUUUUUUUUUUUUGGGGGGGGGGGGGGGGGGGGGGGGGGGGGGAAGGAGGGAGGGGGAGAGUUGGGAGCAAGAAAAAGCAGUACGGAUGCACAACACAAUGCUGAUUGAAAUGGCAGAAACAAUUACACCUUGUUUUAUAGCCAAAACCUUCAAGGAGAUGAUUCCGCUAUGAGGAAGCUCAGAGCUGCAAACAGUCAACCAUAACAAUGAGUCCAGGGCUGCACAACAAGGAAAACCAAAUGUUAAAAAUGCAAAAGCAUAGAUAAUGUUUAGAAGCAAGAAUCACUUAACACAAAAGCUCUAUUCUGUAAUCUCUCACCAGUUACUUCUUACGAAUAACAUUAUUGCAUACAACUUUAAAUCACAUUCAUUACAUUAUCUAUUAAA